GCAGCUUAAAUUAAAAAAAAAAAGAGUAAGGAUCGAACAAAAGAUCGUUUCUCUUAUUUUAGAAAAAAAGAAAAUAGCAAACUAUGAACACUUCAUUACUGAACCUUGGCUUAAAUUGCUUUCACAUUUUCAGUCAGCUCCAUGAACAAGCUAACUCCAUCUUCAAUGUAGUCCAGUAAUUGAGUCUUCAUGUGAUUGCAUAGAGAAGGUUGAAUUGGGAAUCGCAAGAUUUAUGUAUGGCCUAUUAGUUAACAUGAUUGCAUCUUACUGUCAUAGUGUUCGUAGCUUAAUUGAUUCCAAAUUACCAGCCAAGGAAAUUCUGAGUGUUGAUUCUAUAUGCAAUUUUAAAGCCAAAGAUGUAUGUUAGAACAGUAUAUCUGUAUGAGUAGAAAUCAUGUGGUGAGCACUGGACAAAGAUAUAGUGGCGUGCGAUGCUGUUAUAGGUCAUCGUGGUGCUGCCAUGCUUGUUGUAGAAGUCUCACAAAGAUACGUGAACUGGGCUCAAAUUGAACACAUAUCACUUGCGGUGCCUAACACAUUCUCCUGAUGGACAAAUGAUGGUGCUUACGUAUCUCGCCCUCAAGCAUCGAUUGAUCCAGUCAAGGAUCAUUAAAGACUAGGAGAUGAUCAACGAUAAAAGGAUACUGGUCAGAUAAAAGUAUCUAGAUAAAGAAGACAAUGCCAAAAACUAACAGCGACGUCAAAAGUACCCCUUCAUGUGAACGAAUGAAAAAGAGAAGCUCAUAAAUGUACCAUAAAUUUGUUGGGACGUGGAUCCUUUUCACAGCCCAUGCACGACUGCAGUCCUUUCAUCAACCAGAUCCAGAUCCCAGUCCUCAACGGACACGAACACUUCCAAACCAGGGUGAUCGGGUGCCCGCAACGCCUCGCCGGAGGACGCCCAAUCCCUCACAACCAGCCCUGCACGGUUACCCCAGCCGCCAACUCCGGGUUACAAGACGUUGUGGGCUUGGUGAAGUCAUCCCAUCCAUCAGCAUCAGAGCGCUUUAUACAGGCCCCCCAACAUUCGAACACAUCUCAUUCGCUGCACACCGCCACAUUGCCCCAAGAUUUCUACCUGGGUAAACAGCCUCACGCCGCGGGGCAGGGCCUUGACUCGUGGAGCCCACUCCCUCCCGACGUGUGGCCGGUCCCAGCUCGGAUACCAACAGCCUCGUGUCGCCCUCUUCUCCCUCGCUCAUUAUGUCUACCAUCCUCUUGCCUACUUGGCGUCCUCCCGUGCCACCUCGCUGACCCCAAGUCCACCCCUUUCUGGGACAGGAUAAGGACCCUCCCCACUCCUUUAGUACCCCGCCCUUGCCACCCUCCAGUCUCCCAAACUCCAUUGUGGAUCAUUGCAUGGUUGUUGGUGCUCCUAUGGGACCUGAAGAGAAGAAGCACAAGAAGUGCUGCCCUCUCAGGAGGUCGAGGAAAGGCUGCAUGAAAGGCAAGGGUGGGCCUGAGAACCAGGCCUGCACCUUCAGAGGUGUGAGGCAGAGGACAUGGGGGAAGUGGGUCGCCGAGAUCCGCGAGCCAAACCGUGGCGCCCGUCUCUGGCUCGGUACCUUCAACACCUCCCUCGAGGCCGCCCAGGCCUACGACGCCGCCGCCCGUAGCCUCUAUGGCGAGUGCGCGCGGCUCAAUCUGCCUGAUUCGUCCUUUGUCGGAUCGGCAUCGACCACGCCGAUGUCGAUCAAGUCAGAGGUCUCCUGCUCUCCAAGCCAGUCGACCGGUACCAGUACCAGCGAGUCGAGGGUGAGCAUCCCCGAUAGCAGCAUGGAGUCGCCUACCUAUUUCUACAACGGCGGUGGUGGCGGCCUUGAUGAUUUAGAUGAUUAUGUCACGAGGUUGCCGAGGGCUGAGGAUUUUGGGCUGGAGGCUUUCCAGGAUGUGCCGCUUUUCGACGAUGUCGGAUACUCGAAUCCAGACUUCGACGGGGAGCUGAUGAAUCUUGAUACUUUGCAAUUGUCUUGGUGUCCUUGAGCAGCUUGAUCUAUAGCAGAUAGUGUGUUUGUGCGUAUUGUGUGCUUUAUCUUUGAAUCUUUGUGGAUAUUUGUAAGGGAUGUAUAUAGCAUAUAUAUAAGCCUGUGGGCUGAUGUAAAUAAGCAUGUUGUGAAAGUGUUGUAAACAGUCAUCAGUCAACAGCAUCCCUUUUAUUCGGGAUGCUUCUCUGGUGCUAGUUCCUUCAUGGAUAUAGACGACUACUUCUCUAAUAAUAUUCUCUUUCAUGAGGUUCCUUGCAAU